CUUGAGUACAUCAACAAUGGUGCGCAUUAUUGAAGGCGAAUCCUCUUCUUCCAACAGACGUCGUCGUCCAGUCGUCAGAGGCACUGACAGGUUGAGCGCAUUGCCGCAACAUAUUCUGACCGAAAUCUUGUCUCGCCUCUCAACAAUUGAGGCUGCAAGGGUUAGCUUUAGUUCAAGAAUUUUGACGACUACAUGGCGUUUGCUGCCAAAUCUUGUUUUCGAUUAUAGUCAGUUCCCGGCUAUGGUGAAUAAGGCACAUUCUUUCUUGAGAUUCGUCGACUGGACUGUUGCUCACCAUGAUGAAUCAGAUGUUAAAAUUUUUGAACUUCAGCUCGGGCCUACCACUUAUUGUGAGGUUUCGAUCAAGUACCAGUGGGUGGAAUUUGCAAUACAGCACAAUGUGCAAAAACUAGUUCUUCGUGGAAGAGUUUGUGGGACUCAAAAUCUAGCAGAUUCCGUCUUUUCAUGUCGGUCCCUUGUAAAAUUGGAGUUGUCUGUACAUGAAAUUGUCUUAUCUUGGCCUGAAACUAUUCAGCUUCCAAACCUCAAGAAACUAAAGCUGAAAUUCUUGCUUCUGCCAGAGAUGAUCACCAGCCAAGAUUUGUUCUCAAAUUUCCCUGCACUUGAAAAACUCUCCAUGUUCUUCUGCAACGUUGCGUCCCUCAAUGUUUUUUCCAUUUCAUCUUCAAGAUUAACGGAGUUCACGAUGUCUGCCUGUCUAGGGAUGGAAAGCUGCUCGAUCAGGCUCCAGACUCCAUCUCUUUCUAAAUUCAUAUACACCAGUUGGGAUCCAAGGGAAAGUGUGCUGCAAGUGCCUCCAUGUGCGUUUUCAUUGGUGGUUGAUGGUGAUAAUUCUCUCAUGUGUAGAGGAAGCCCUGACGAGUUGAGUCAAACUGUAGUUAAACUCACUAGAGAGCUUUUUGGGACAAGUUAUAUCACUACAGGACGUUGGCUCAUUCAGUAUCUUUCUAUGGUUCCUGAUCUACCGAGGCGACUAGCUUCUGUUAGAUACAAUUACUUGCUGAUGCUGAACGUCAGGGUAUGGCCAGUUGCAAGGCACGUUAGAACAUUGAUUUUGCUUGUUUCCAAAUGCCCAAUACUCUCAGUGCUCUCUAUUGACUUUGUGAUGCCACAAGGAAGAAUUAUUAACCGGGGGAAUGGGGGAUGUGCAGCAGAUUAUGGUGUGGGAGAUUUUGGUGGCUUAAACGAUGUUAGAAUAGAGAAUUUUGGAGGAAAUGUGACAGAAAUGGCGCUUGUGAGGCAUUUGCUGGCUAGAACACCUCAUUUACAUAUAAUGAGGAUUGAGAUGAACCCUCUUCUGGACGACAUUGAUGCAGACUUGAAGAUCCAUCAGAUACUUGAAUAUUGGAGAGCUUCUCCAAGUGCUAAUAUCAUUUUUGACUAAUGUCAUGUAGUCAAUGCAAGUAAACCCCUCUCUUUCUCUCCCACACACACACA